AAAUUUGUGAACGCAGUAACAUUUCAACAAUCGUACAGAGUAAGAGCCUCAAUCAUGAUAUAGAUUAGUAGCGUUUAAACACUCUAUACCUUUAUGCAGACAAUCCUCAGAGCGCAAGCAAGCCCAAAAGGAGGGAAAUGACGAGGCUCAGGAGCUGCGGAACGAGCCCAAGAAUGAGCGGCAAGAGAGCCCUCAGCAGCGACGACACCGUGGUUCCCAGCAGCGUCACCACGACGCUCACGAGCGACUCUACAACGGACCUACACUUGAUAAGCAAAAUUUCUCGCCAGAUCAUAACCACCUCUCAGCUCUGCGGGGCUGUAACAAACCAGCAUGUGAGAAUCAGGCCAUAUCAACUCAAUACAUAUGUAUAUAAAAGUCUCAUUACGCAAAACAUAGAGAAUCUGGCAGUGUUCCAAGAACGAGGCUGCUCAGAGGUGUGUGCAUCGUUUCAAAUUUAAUUUGUUUGCUUGUGCAGACUCCCGAUUUGGCCCAUAUGGACCGCUCUGUACACCUGUGAG